GAACGAGGCCAGCUGACGCUAAAAGCUUUGCCGCUGUCCAAUGCCGAGUUCAAUCGGACUUGGUGUCUUGUGACAAUGUGGACAAAGUGGGUGGAGUGGCGAAGGUGAAGCGAGCGAUACGCAAGCUGCCCGGCUGUCCAUGAAGCUCAUUGAGAUGUGCGUGACAUCUAGAGGGGCUCUGAACAAGACGGACGACGGACUGUCAGCAUGAGCACCGGUGAGUACAUGAAUGAGACACCAAUGUGCAGAGGGAGACAUCACCUGUUUCCUCUGUGUCUCUGUAUUUGCAGCAAGCCGCAUGAGAAGGCAGGGAGCUGAGCGCCUUCCUUCUUUCCCGUUGUGCAAGCCAUUUCUUUCUGCUGCCGUUUUGGUCUCGACUACAUGAAGCCCAUUGGUGACGAGACAGCGCCGCCGGCAUCGAUGCGGCAACGUUACCGUCAGUAUCGAGAGAGACACAUGUGUGGCUAGAAAGACCCGAGCGGCAGUCCAUCAUCACUAACGUGUCGACCGCCCGGGAGAGCGAGAAAGGGCAAGAGGCGCCUUUCUCAUCUUCCGAGCCUUCCCCAGCAACGUGUGAGAAAGCACCGGCUAUGCUGACGACCAGUGCCAACGAGACAACGAGAGGGAGCGUGCGGUGUCGCUGCAGUACCUGCCUUGCCCUCGCGGCAACACAGCUGUUUGCGGGUUAGCAGCACACUCACUCAACAACCUUUCCCUGCCUGCUGAUGUCUGUGUUGCUUGUGUGCAGCUGCGCAGGACAGUGAACCCAAAGUCCUCGAGCCCAAGGAGCAGGUAUUCCUUGUGGGGUCCAUCAACGGCGAGAAGCACCUGCACAAUGCGGCUCUCAUCAGCGUCGACCCCUUCCCCCUCCAUCCCCCCGAGCCGCCCCGCACAGUCACAAUCCUCUUCAUUCCCGACCCCGAGCACACCAAAGAGGUCGAGGACAUCCAAAGCGUCCAGUUCACCGUCAGGGAUGAGAAAGGAAGAGCAAUCUUCAAUCGGACCACGUCCAGUCCACCCUUCUCUCUCUUCGCCCACGAGAAGGGGACAUUUCAGGGUGCCUCGCUCGGCACCAAGACUCCCAGCAUGCGGCUGAGGCGGCAACGACAUCUUUGA